AUGAAGCUCAAAUCCCUGGCCAUUGCCGUCUCCGCACACUUAAUUUUUCUGACUGCAGGUGAGAUACUUCAGUCGGGGCUCACUGACACACCUCGCACAAAACACUCCAAUCCAGCAAUCGGUUCCGAUACGAAAACAAUCCAUGCCAGGGCUAUCUAUAGCGAGCUAUGGUACCAGGCAACGUGCAAAGGAACUAAAUUACUCUUUGGCACUACACUCAACCCCGACCAAGCUGUCCUACACUGCAGACCACUAACCACCCCGUGGCAUGGUACUCUGGUAAACGAACUGACUACGUGGGGUUACAGUGAUAUGAGUGGUGACAACAAAUAUAAGGGAUCUUGCCACUUUAGAACAAAACAUAGUGCUUUGACGCGAGCUUUUAGUGAGUUGGGUAUCAGUAUGGACGACACUGACCAUGGUGGACCUAACCGCUGUUUCACAAUCAUUCAUUACGAUUCUCCUAUUGCUGAGAGGAACCCUGAUGGAUCUCUCCCACAAAGGUCACAACAACAUUACACUGUCAAUGGACGGAGAUACAGGGCAACUGGUGGGCACUUCAUCAUCGGUGUGAACAACCUAGAUGGUUAUAUAUUCCUUAUCGAUCGUUCGUCUCCCGAGACCAAGGCCCGCAUGUUGUGGGAUAUCCCCCCACAUAUUCCAAUCCCGCGCGAUGAAAUGCCUGCCUUGAGAUCUAGCUCCGACAUUACCUGGGGUCUCUGGAAUAGGAUGAGUGGUAUUAACGCUUUUAUCUCCUUCGAGGUCGUCAACGAAGAGACUGGGCGCCUUAUUGAGCAUGCAAUGGAAAAAAAUGGUCACGACGAAGUGCCACCCUGGCCAGGAGUUCGAUUCAAUCCGGAAACUGAAGAGUAUAGGGCUCUUCUGGGAUCACCAAACGGUAUCGGUGUAGGCUACUUUCUCGCCCAGCAUAAGAGGGAGAUGGGAGGCAACAAGUACGUUAGUCACAUCAUUGUCUUCAUGGAAGAUGAUCCCACAGGCAUCAUUGAGCCCACUCAAGAGUUACAGAAUGGGGAGCAAACUCAUAUGGAAGGGGUAAAGAUUUUGGAUGGUAGCAGGGAUGGUAAACACAUUGUCAGGGAGCAUGUGAUCCGAGCAACGUAA